AUGGAAAAGGUUCGUGAAAUUUGAUUUUUUCUUCUCCUUGUAACUCAUAGAUUGAGUAAGCGGUUGCAGGGCUUUCAUGAAAACGAGUCAGGAUGUGCAAAACAAGGGCUUUUGCUCCGAAUCGGACUUACUGUUUUUGUUUUGAUCACGGCUUUGUUCGUCGUCAUUGCCAUUAUUCUCAUCCUCACACAGAAACGUGAGUUUGUUCUUGUAUGGUACCCAAACUUCUGCUUUUAGUUGAGCCAAAACUUUUUCAUAUUUGAUUUUUGAAGUUUCAUAAAAAUGAUACGCCUGACAUGAUUUGAAACUCUCUGAUUUGGUCUCAUUUUUUUUUGUUUUUCUUGCUUGAAAAGUUAUGGAAAAAAUGGAUCGAACCAUUGAACCUUAAAAAAUGAAGGGACUUUCGGAGUUGACCAAAGAUUAUUUUGCUGUUCUGAAACUUGUUCCGUAAGAUAAAUGCUAUAUUUCGACGAACUUUUAGCUGUCGACCUUAGCUUGGCACCUUCAAACUCGGGAUGGAAUCGGACAACUACAGAGGAGCCAAGAUCAUCAACAGCCCAGCAGUUCCGACGGCGGAGGCUCAAUUAUCGACGUUUCACCUACGACCAGCUCUUUUCUGGGAAACUUUUUCUGAAAGACAACUACAUGUAUAACUUUUUACCGGAUGGAUCAUUACUGCGCAAAAAGAGCGAGUUUGAAUCGGUAGGCCUAAGAGAAUAGUGUAUUCAAACUUUUCGCAAGUUUUAGUUUUUCUCUUCUGGAGUUUCUCGUAUCCCGGCUGACAGCUUCGAAGCAGAAGAUUACGUUGAUGACAGUAGCGUUCUCAAAACCUUGUCUUCGAAUCAAAAAUAUGCCUAUACUUGUGAUGUUAUCAGAGUGGUGAGCGAGUUUUAAAUUCCCUUUUACAGUUAUUUCCCAGUUUUUCCGACAUUCCUCAGAGCGCGUUUGCCGCAUCGUUCAAAUUAAAGACGGUUCAAUUAGUGGGUCAGCAAACCUUAGUUUUUUUUUCGUUUUCUAUUCAAAAUUCAGAGGGUGGCCGGUCAAGUCUGCAAAUGCAUCCAUUCAAGAAAUAUCUUGGAAUCCUGACCCGAAACGCAAUGAUUUCGUUUGUCUUUCGUUUUUCGGCCAACAAAAUUAGGUAGACUUCAGAUUUUUGUGCACGACUACAACGUAUACUACCAAGAGAAUCCUGAAGAUCCGUCUACGGCCGUUCAGUUGACCACUGAUGCCGAGCCAAACUUUCGAUAUGGGACUGCAAAUUGGCUCUACGAAGGUACGACAUAUAUUUCAAUUAGACUUAUAUCGGUCAUUUUUUUCAAAUUUAUGUCCCACUGGAUUUUUGUACGUUUUUUUCUCCCAUUCUCUCAUUUUUUUCGUUUGAAUUCCAGUGCUUGACAUUAAUGUGAAUAGUAAAAAAAGACUGUUCAAAAAUCUUUCAAGACGCGAUGAAACGAAAAAAAUUAUAUUUUCAGAAGAAAUUCUGGAAAAAAUACUGCCUCGAUCUGGUGGUCCAAUUCAGGUAGAUAUGUCUCCUAUUUAAGGUGAAUUAGUUAUUUCUCAAAAAAAUUGGAAUUCAAAUAUUUCUUUUUAGGUACGAUGACCGCCUAGUCAACCGAAUUUUCAUUCCAACAUAUUCUAAUUCUGAUCAAUACGUUCAGUGAGCUGCUUCUUUCAAACAGUUAAUUAUCCAUAUCGACAGAUAUUCUGAAAUUCCAUACCCGAAAGCCGGUGUUGAAGAAAAUACCAAAGUCUCGCAGUUUAUUUGGGACCGACAAAAAAACAAAAUUGUGGAAGCCGUGGCGCCUGACGAGCUGAGGACGGAUGGCCAGUGAGUCUUGACAAAAGAAAUAUUCAUCAAAAUCUUUGUCAGGAGCUACUACAUUGUGAGCAAUCAAUGGAUGGAUAUUCCUUCGGAACUUCCGACUCUCGGCAAAGAACGAUUAAUAACGGUUUGGAUGAACCGCGAGCAGAAUCGUGUAUUCUACACUAUCUGCAAUGAGCUCGAUUGUUUGCAGGUUUCCUUGCAUUGUUGCCACGAAUGAAAAAAACAGUCAUUUUCAGGCUUUCACCCAAACUUAUACAAUAGGCUCCCGCAAUAUGUGGGCAGAGCCACGAGAAGUAGGAACCGUUUUUCCCACAAAAACUGGAUUUUUCACCAUUUUGCCGCGACCGGCAAGUGAUGGAAAUGUGUACAAUCAUGUUGCUCACAUUGAGCUCGAGGUUAAUUUUCGAUUCAGAUAGUUUCUUAAGGGAUUUUUAGACUACUGGGACAGGAAAAGUGACAAAGUGGAUAGGAGAAAACUUCGACGUGAUGAGCAUUUUGAGCUAUUCGCAAGAAAAAGAUAUCCUGACCUACACUGCGUAUACUAAUGAUAUUGGAUACAAUAACCUCUACAGAGUUCCCAAGGCCGCAAAUCAAAAGUUAUUGGUAAGUAUCGGAUUCCUACUGAUUUUUCAAACUCGAAAGAAAUCUGUAGGAGAAGUCUACCGCAAUGAAUUUGUUGCUUCCGAACUGCGAGUACGGGACUUACACCGUCGAUCGAGAAGGCAACAGAGCAGUGAUUUUGUGUUACACCCCUUAUGAAAACACGCGAUUUUACCUGAUGGAUGUUGAAAAGCCACGAAAAUGUAUGUUGAUCUGAAAUUGAUUGUGAUUUAUGUUUUUUUAAGAUCGGAUAAUUGAUGGAGGGGAAGAAGCAGUUUUGCCUUUUGACCGGCUCAAUGUCACUUAUGGAACAGCUGUUCUGCCUUCUGGAAUAGGUGAGGAUUGCCGAGUUGACAAAGAUGGUGAUCUCAGUGAAACUUCUGAACUUUCGGACAGUCGAUUUAGGAGAAAACAAAAAGUGAAAAAAAAUUUUUAGACUUUCUGUCAAAUGCAGGCUUUGAAAAUUUAUAUUUUAGCCGGAUAGCAACAAGUAUUUUUGUCAAAACCAUAGGAGAAUUUUCGGCGAACACUGAUAGAUUUAACCUUUCAUUUAAGAGGUGAUCAGCUCUGUUUCAAGAAACUGUAAGAAGUUUUCAAAAUUUUUCUUUGCCACCCUUUUAAAUUUUUUUUUUCUAACUUUUCUGUAUGGAAAACGUGUGGUCCACGCUGAACAACAUCUCGCGGAGAUGGACCAUCAAAUUAUCAAAGUAAGUAAGUAACUUUUCUGUUUCAGAAGCUCACUACGCCUUGACUCUACCUCCAAAAAUAGCUCCAGACGAGAAAUACCCUCUUCUAGUUGAUAUGUGGGCUAUUUUUUCGAUCAAAUCAUUAUCAUCCUAUUUGAGAUAUGCUGGACCCAACUACAAAAAAGUGAUAAGGCAAACACCUCAGCCACAACUUAUUCAAAUUUGCUCGCAAUAUGGAGUUCCAUUUGUGAUGUUGGAUGUUAGAGGAUCAGCAGGACGCGGUUUUUUUCUAUUUGAUUCUCCAUAAUUAAAAAAAUUAACAGGUUGGAAUAUAAAGGGACCGGUUUACAAGAAACUGGGGCAACCUGAGACAGAAGACACAGUCGAUGCAAUAAAGUGAGAAAGAGCCAAAUAUUCUGACUUUUUUUUUAGAAUCCUGUUGAAGAGGUAUAGCUUCUUGGACGCAGAAAACGUUGCAGCAUAUGGAUGGGUAGAAUUUAUUUUUAUUUGAACGUUUCAAAAAUAAAUUUUUUAGUCUUACGGAGGAUUUAUGACGUCCCAAAUUGCGGUUCAUGACCAAGGAGCAACAGUCAAAUGCGCAGUGGCUAUAGCCCCCGUCACUGAUUUUUCGCUUUACGGUUUAAAACCAAUUUACAAGGGUCUCUUAAGAAUUUUUUUUCAGAUACCGCCUACACCGAAAGAUAUAUGGGACUACCUCUAGAAAACCCGUCUGGAUACAAUGUUAGUCAUUUCAAUUUAUAGCAAUGGAAAGGUUUUUAAAGCUGUUUUUCAUCACGAAUUUUACAAAAAAAAGGUCGAACACAAGCAAGAAUAGGGGCGCGCCGUAGCGCAACAGGUUGUGUGCCUGGCUACGGUCCACAGGGUCACAAGUUCGAACCCCGCCCCGACCCAACCAAGGGGUUUAAGAAAUGUUGGUAGUGGGAGACCACAACUUCGAAAUCCCCAGCCGUCACACACAAGGGCGGAUAUGUCACUGGAGCCAGUCCACUGAUAUCAGGAUAGGACCUCGGAUAAUCGACUUGGGGCGCCGACACCGCUCAAGCGGUACAAAGGCGUAAGAAGAAGAAGACAAGCAAGAAUAGAUCAGUCAAUAUGAGUCAUAGAUUUUCCCAGGCAAUAAUGGCUCAGAAAGUCAAUAAUUCGAAAAAAAUUUUUUUUUGAGCCUGAGCUUUUAUAGUAUGAAAACCAAUUACUUUUCUUUCAGCAUACGAAACUGGUACCACAAGCCAAAAACAUGACCAACGUCAAAUACUUGUUGGUUCACGGUCUCAGCGAUGGUAAGCGUCCAUUUCACAAUAAAAAAAUCUAUUUUUUCCAGAUAAUGUCCACUAUCAAAAUAGUGCAAUGUGGUCAGAAGCUCUACAGUACGCCAACAUUCAUUUCCGACAAUUGGUAACUUAGUGAAGAAUCUCACUCUUCAACUUAUCUUUAAGGUUUACUCAAAUGAAGCUCAUGCUCUCUCCGGGAAAUUACACCAUCUGUUCAAAGAAGUCCAGCAGUUUCUGAUAGAAGAAUGCUUCGAAUGGCCAAUUUUGAAAGGAACUGAAGAAUGA